CUAUUCAUGCAGCGGCUCUGUCCUCCCGUAAGUACCAUAACGCCCUUCGUCGGGUGCUCUGUGGUACCCGACUGCUGCUUUAAACGGCAGCACUGACAUGGAAACCCCAUUGCAGCUGCAGAACGAUUUCUUUCCAGAGCAGCAGCUCCAGCACUGUAAGUACCAGCACUACUGCGGGCGGGAGGAUCGACUCGGCAAGCAGCACGACCAAUGCUGCACCUGCAAUAACUGCACCUGUGAUGCGAGAAAAAGCCUCGUCUUUCGCGGGACGUCGCCGACCACUGUGGGAACUUUAAGGACACCUUCGGAAACGUCUUCGAGGCAAGGUUGCCAGUACAGCGUCUGCGAGUUCACACCCUCUAGUCAUGGUAGUUCAUCCAGGCAUCAUCAUCCUCACCAUCAGCAGCAGCAUUGCCGCGAUCGGCAGCGGGGCAGCCUGGGCAGCAGCCACAAAGACAGUAACUCCUACAAUGAAAUAGCCAUGAGCAGCUGCAGAUACAACGGCGGCGUAAUGCGGCCGCUGAGCAACUUGAGCUCGUCCCGCAGAAACAUACACGAGUUUGAUUCCGAGUCCCAGCCUUUGCAGCCCAUCUCAGCCGCAGAUGCGUCGGACACUUUAGUAUCCAAGCCGGAGAAUAAUUCCACCACACUGAUGCCUUACGCAUCGGGGGACGGAGGGGGAGGCUGCAGCCACAGCGGCGGCAAAUCGGGGAAAAAGAAAAACCAGAACAUUGGGGAAAAGCUCGGGCACAGGAGGGCCUUGUUUGAGAAGAGGAAGCGGCUCAGCGACUAUGCUUUAAUCUUUGGGAUGUUUGGGAUCGUUGUUAUGGUUAUAGAGACUGAACUCUCAUGGGGAGCCUAUGGAAAGGAGUCCCUGUAUUCAUUAGCUCUAAAAUGCCUGAUAAGCCUUUCUACAAUCAUUCUCCUGGGGCUGAUUAUCAUAUACCAUGCAAGAGAGAUACAGUUAUUUAUGGUGGACAACGCAGCUGAUGACUGGAGGAUAGCCAUGACAUAUGAGCGCAUCUUCUUCAUCUGCCUGGAGAUCCUUGUGUGCGCCAUCCACCCCAUCCCAGGGAACUACACAUUUACCUGGACGGCACGCUUGGCUUAUACCUAUGUGCCAUCCAAGACGGAUGCGGACGUGGACAUCAUCCUGUCCAUCCCCAUGUUCCUGCGGCUGUACCUCAUCGCUCGUGUCAUGCUGCUGCACAGCAAGCUCUUCACGGACGCCUCAUCCCGCAGCAUCGGUGCACUCAACAAGAUUAACUUCAACACACGCUUUGUGAUGAAGACCCUCAUGACCAUCUGUCCCGGCACUGUGCUGCUGGUCUUCACCAUCUCGCUGUGGAUCAUCGCUGCAUGGACUGUGAGAGCUUGCGAGAGGUACCAUGACAACCAGGACAUAACCAGCAACUUUCUAGGAGCCAUGUGGUUGAUCUCAAUCACGUUUCUUACCAUUGGAUAUGGGGAUAUGGUCCCAAACACAUACUGUGGGAAAGGAGUCUGCCUCCUGACUGGCAUUAUGGGUGCUGGCUGCACUGCCUUGGUGGUGGCUGUGGUGGCAAAGAAACUGGAGUUAACCAAAGCUGAAAAACACGUCCACAAUUUUAUGAUGGACACCCAGCUAACAAAAAGAGUGAAAAACACAGCUGCGAAUGUUCUCAGGGAGACGUGGCUCAUCUACAAGAACACCAAACUGGUGAGAAAGAUGGACCAUGCCAGAGUCAGGAAGCACCAGAGGAAAUUCCUCCAAGCCAUUCAUCAAGCUCGAAAAUUGAGAAGUGUUAAAAUGGAGCAACGCAAGCUGAAUGACCAAGCAAACUCACUAGUGGACCUUGCUAAGACUCAGAACAUCAUGUAUGACAUGAUAUCGGACUUGAAUGAGAGAGGAGAGGACAUGGAGAAGAGGAUUGCCCUGCUGGAGACAAAGCUGGAGACUCUACUGAGUAACUUGCAGGCUCUGCCGGGACUCAUCAGCCAGGUCAUCAGCCAGCAGCACAGGGACUUCCUGGAGGUGCAGCUCCAGCCUUAUGACAAACACAGCCCUGAGCGCUCACAGUCAGUGUCCCGACGGAGGUCGUCCUCCACAGCACCGCCCACCUCCUCCGAGAGCAGCUAG